CUCGGAUAUACGAUACUUGACGCGUAUAUCUGCUUACAUUUAGACGACCAAUACAUGGGAAGAACAACGAAAAAUGGAUAGUAUGCGACGUGCAUACCAAAAAGCGGUGGCUAUUCCGCUAAAUAACGUCGAGCAUUUGUGGAAGGAAUAUGAUCAAUGGGAAAACAAUCUCAAUCGUCUGACGGCCAAAAAGUUCCUUGGUGAAAAGUCCUCGGCCUAUAUGACAGCAAGAACUGCUUUGAGAGAAAUGCGAACACUCAUGGAAAAUGUAAAUCGCGGGGUUGUUCCAAAGCCACCACUGUGGACGGAUAAAGAGAUUACACAAUUGGAUGCAUGGAAACAGUAUAUCCAAUGGGAAAAAAGCAACCCGCUUCAACUAGAAGAUGAAACCAUGUUGACCGAACGUGUCGCUUACGCCUAUCAACAAGCCUUCUUGGUAUUACGAUUCUAUCCCGAGCUGUGGUAUGACUUUGCCGUGUACUAUAGUGAACUACAAAAGCCAGAAAAGGCCCUGAGUGUUUUAAAGCAAGGAGUCGAAGUACUGCCUACAAGUCUUUUGCUUACAUUCGCAUAUGCUGAACUAUGCGAAUCUCGACGUCAAUUGGAUGAUGCACGACAGGCGUUCGAUUCAUUGCUAGAGCGUCUUGAUAAAGAUAUCGAUAAGCUCAGGGAUUCGGCCCAGCAAGAGGUGGACAGAAUUCAACAGGAGGCUGACGAGGAAAAGAACAGUAUGAACUUAAAUGAUGACAUUGAUGGUGAAAUUCGAGAGCAGUUGCGCGUACGUGAGAGACAAGUUAAAAAAGACCAAGAAGAGGUCGAAAACAAGAUGAAAAAUGAAGUGAACGAUUUGGCCAAGGGAUGUUCCCUCGUGUGGAUCAAUUAUAUGCGCUUUGCAAGAAGAACUGAGGGUAUCAAAACAGCACGAGCUUUGUUCUCACGUGCCCGAAAAGCGACAAAUCGUACUUAUCACGUUUUCAUCUCAUCUGCGUUGAUGGAAUACCAUAACAACAAAGACGCAACUAUCGCUGGCAAAAUUUUUGGUCUCGGGCUCAAGCAAUUUGCCGAUGAUCCCGACUAUGUUUCCUACUAUCUUGAUUAUCUGAUACAAAUGAACGAUGAUAACAACACCCGGGCACUGUUCGAAAGGACCUUGGCUACCAUGCCUGCUCCCAAGUCGGAACCCAUUUGGACCAAAUUUUUGGACUAUGAGAACAAGUAUGGAGAUUUAGCAAGUAUCCAAAGCGUCGAGAAACGACGAAGUGAGGCAUUACCUGACAUAACUGCAAGCCAAUCGUUCCUGGAGAGAUACAGCUAUCUAAAUAUUCAUGCAAUUGAUGAACUGGAGCUUGGCACAGAAGCACGCAAGCGCAGGUCAACUGCCGAAGGCAAGCCUGGAGGGACAGCUGCCCCAGCAUCAUCAACAACUGCCACAACAGAUAACACGACAAGCCCGGCUAAUACAGAUCGGGGAGGCCGAUCAAAGGAUCAAAAUGCCAAGCGACCAUUACUCGAACCAGUCCAUCCUGAAAGGUAUCCCCGUCCAGAUCUCAACCAGUGGCAAUCAUUCAAGCCCACGGAUUCUCGACGAGCGGCCGCAGCCGCAGCCGCAGCAGCAGGACAAUCAUCAGGUGCGGUUGCCCCUCCUUCCGUACCUCCUGGUGCUGCUGCUGGUCGUGUGCCUCCUAAUGCAGCAGAUAGUACAAAUCCACCACCGCCCAUGGGCGCACCACCGUCGACAUUAACACACAAGGAUACGGCUGGCCCUGCUACUAAUCUCCCACCAACAGCAGCUGGAGUUCCUAAAGGCGUGCCACCACCACCCGUGCCAGCCCCUCAUCAUCAGCAGAAUAUGGGUAAUACACAAGGUCCUCAGCAACAACAAGCAUUGCAGCCACCACAAGCAAAUAAUUGGAGCCCGAGCCAACAAUUACCAGACCCUGUCGCCUAUUUCGUUUCUAACCUGCCGUUGCCACACACAUUUAAUGGUCCUUUGAUUCAAGCGGGCGAAUUAGUCGAUUUGCUACGAAACAUUAUCAUCCCAUUGCCACCUCAAGGAGGACCACCUGUACGUGGACCACCGCAGCAACAGAAAAACAUGGGUCCAGGUCCAUCAAUGGCGGCUGGCGGAAGAGAUAUGCCACCUGGACGUGGCCCUGGCGGUUAUGGACGUGGCGGUGGUCGAGGCGGCGGUUUCAAAUCAAGGGGUGGAGGAGCAGGUCGUGGAAGACAAGGUGUUAAGCGGCGAGGUGGUCGAGAUGAUUAUGAAGACGACUAUCAGCAUAAUAAAGGCAUGGGACCAAACCGUCCACCAGCAUACGAUGUAUUUCGAGCAAGACAAGCAAAGCGUCACAGAGAUGAACCGUCCUAUUAGUUAAUUAACUAAGAUUGUGGUUGCUUGCUCAAAUACUAACAUCUACAAUUAUUAAAGAUGAAAAGAAUUUUUUCCUCAAAAUUUAUAUGAUCUUGACAUACAAAAAAUAAACAUAAUAAAAAUAACAGACAUUUGUGUAACUUCUAUAAUGCAUCCAUCACGAUUUACGUUUACUUUGUUUGAUGGAGAUGGUUGUGUUAAAGAUAUCGUGAUA